AUGCUAGAUUUUUCUACCUCUAUCACUUGUCAGAUGAAAAUUGUCAGAAGAGACCGAAUAGCCUGUAAUGAGAAAAUAUAGAUGUGAGAUUCUUCUGACUUGUUAAAAUGGAUCCCCCUAAAGUUAAUCUGUGGGUGAAGAUGGAACCAUUCGUAGUGGGAGCUCUGCAGAUCCCACCUCCCUCCAAGUUCAGUCUGCAUUAUCUACGAAAGAUGUCUACUUAUGUCCGGAUGCAUUCUAGCGAGGGCUAUCAUCCUCACCUUUUCUGGCCUAUGUGGCGACACAUUGCCUGUGGGAAGCUGCAGCUAGAGAAGGACCUGGCUUGGCUAUAUUUUGAACUGUUUGACAGUCUUGUUGAACGGACUGCAGAGAAGCGGCUGGAAUGGGCAGAGGUGAUGUCGAACUGUGCAACUGAGGAGGAAGCAGAGAAGCAACGGAGCAAGUUAUCUGUAAACACUCUGCAAUUCCUGCUGUUCCUGUAUAUACAACAACUAAAUAAAGUUUCCUUAAGGACAUCUCUGAUUGGAGAAGAGUGGCCAAAUCUUAAAUCCAAGUCUUACAGCCUAACUGGAGAAUCUACCAGUCAGAUCAAGAACUGGAAUGAUAGCUACCAUCAAGUCUUCAUCCAAAAUCACCUUCAGGAUCUUCUAGAACUCUUACUUGAUCCAGACCAGCUCUCUGCCUCCUCUCACUCCACCCACAAUAGCCUGGUAACUCCUGAAGCAGUUCGAGCUCUCAGCUUUCUGAUUGAAGGGUCUGUGAACAACAACAGGACUGUCCAUCCUCUGCAUGAGCUUGCACUCUGGCAGCCAUUCCACGCAAGCAGUGGUUUCUCAAAGAUCUCCAAAGCUUUCUCUUUCCCCAAGCUGGAGUCCUGGCUGAGGGCUUGCCUGACUGUGAACCCUUUUGGAACAUCAGCCUGCCUCAAAUCUGGGAAGAAGCUUGCCUGGGCACAGCAAGUUGAAGGAGCAACCAAGCAAGCCAAGAUAGCUUGCAAUUCUCGCAUGAUCCCUUCUGCGCACCGCAUGGUUGUGAUGAGUCAGGUCUACAAGCAAACACUGGCAAAGAGCUCAGAUACCCUAGAAGACAGUCACGUGAAGAUUCAUCGCUGCUGUGAAUCCUUUAUUUAUUUGCUGUCUCCACUGAGAUCUGUGAGCAUAGAGAAGUGCAGGAACAGCACGUUUGUUCUGGGCCCAGUGCAGACUGUUGUUCACCUCUAUAGCUGUGAAAAUGUCAAAGUGAUUGCCGUCUGCCGCCGCCUGUCUCUGUCAUCUACAACCAGUUGUACUUUGCACAUUCUCACUCCUACUAGACCACUCAUCCUGUUAGGCAACCAAGCCAUAACUUUUGCUCCCUUCCACACCCACUACCCAAUGCUUGAGGACCACAUGGGCAGGAGUGGCUUGGCCACAGUGCCUAACUAUUGGGACAAUCCAAUGUUGGUGUCCCAAGACAACUGUGACUGGAAGGUCUUCAGAUUCCUUUCACCCGCAGAGUUUUACCCCUUUGUCAUUCCAUUUGAAAUGGAAGGUGACACAACAGAAACACCCGGUGGGCUGCCACCAGCAUACCAGAAGGCAUUGAGCCAACGAGAGCAGAGGAUACAGAUCUGGCAGAAGACUGUGAAGGAGGCUAAGCUGACGAAGGAUCAAAAGAAGACAUUCCAGUUGUUGGUGGAAAACAAGUUCUACGAAUGGCUCGUGCACACUGGUAGCCGUCAGCAGCUGGACAGUCUGGUGCCUCCUUCUGCAGGUUCCAAACAGGCAGCAGGAUAGCAAAACUUCUGAAGCCUCAUUAUGGCUAGACAACUGUUUCGGCAUGGGUGCUACCUUCAGAUGCAGUGGUCCCAGGCUCUGACUUCAUGGAGGCAGAACAAAGCCAAGACUGACUAUGGUUUGGGGAAGAUCUGCUGUAUUGAAGGAGCAAAUGGGUACUGGAGAACCAUUGACGGCUGCCAUGUUGGGAAUCACUGAGUUUGUCAGCUCACAUCUUACUUUCUUAAAAUGGACAUCUAAAAACAUCCAAAAGCAUAAAUGUGACAAGCAAGUGCUUACAGAACACCAAGAACAAGUUUAGCUGCCAGGUACCCUUAUCAGAAAAUCAGAAUUGGUGGUGAUUUCCUGGCAAGUGUGCAUGUGUUAGCCAACCCAGGUUUCCAGCAAGAAGAGAAGAGGCUCCAGGGGGGGUUAACAAAUAAAUUAUGGAGCCACUGAAGAAUAAUUUUGAUGGACUGGCUCAGGACCACAGCCAGAACGCCUCACCCAGUUUAAACUUCCAUUCCAUGGACAUCUGGGAAGCUGCAAUUUAUUACUAUGCAAAACAGAGAAAUUGUUUUUAGCCAAUGAUAAAUAGUCUCAUCCCUCCCCCCCCCCCACCUGUUCCUUGUGUUGUUAUUUGUUGGUUGCUUUGUAAGCAAGGCACUUUGGUCCUCUCUGUUCCCCAGACUGCUUCUCCCACAGGUAAUGGCAGGGAUUUUUUUCUCUUUUCAAGCUCCUCUGUAAAUGGCUAUAGCUGAACUCAUCAUUUAUAAAUUAUAUAAUAUUCAAAGCAGGGCUGGGAAACCAUGUUGCCCCACGCCACUGAGAUAGCAUGCAUGUCUUUAUACUUUGAAUAUUUCCAACCCAGUCUUGGUGUUCUGACUCAGCAAAGCAUUCAAAAGUUAAUAAUGCAACAGGCUACACAGGAACAUAAAGGAGGCAAUGAAGCCUGCCUAUAUUUUCUAAUCCUGUUAGCUUUUCUAGAACUCAUGAAUAGGCUCAGAAUCCCUGACUCAAUUUUUGGAUCCCAUUCUCAUGACGAAGCAAAUGCCUGGUCUAAAAAUGAGCUCACUAUAAAAUGAGGCUUUCCACUCCUGGCUCUUGUAGCUGCUUCUAGAUUUUCUCCUCCACCCAGGUAUCACACCUAGUAUUGACCAUGUCUAAAACAGGAAGCAGGGACAGAAGAAGGAAGGGAUGCUCGACUUACCAGAGUCCUUCAUAGCAACUUGCCUAGCCAGUUUACUCAGCGCCAAUCCUAAAACCUGGUCAGGAUUGGCUCCAGAUUCUGGUAUCCUGGAACCAUUGUAAAACGAGAAUUGGACUUCUGAAUAAGAAAUUAGAAAUAAUUGGCUAACCUUCACGAAUUUACCUGCACUUUAUGUAAGAAGGUUCAGUGCCUUUGAAAAUACCGAAUUCUGUUCCAUCAAGAUCACCUUCUACGAAGGGAAGAAUUUCCAGGGGCGCCGCUACGAGUGUGAUCGGGA